GGAUCGACCUGAACUUUCUUACUUGAAUUUCUUGUGAACUUCCCAGUCACCUACAUACCCCACCAUCGUAUACCAUUCGAGGUCAUGGCUCUCUUCGAAGUUCCAGGGUGGACUGUACCAUCCGCUCCUUUGCCUUCCGCAUCCAGGAAGCGCAAACGCGGGGCACCUGAUACGGAUAAAGUGUCCGCUGCAGAAGUGAACGUUGAGCAGUUGAUUGCGAAAAUUGGAACAGGACAGGGACACACAGAUACACCAAAGAAGAAACAGAAAACGAAGGGAAAGCAGAAGGCGAAAGAGCACGGUUCUGCUUCCAGGAACCAGCCCAGUCCCAGCUCCAAGGCGAAAGGAGCGAAAGUCGUGCAGCAUGAAGACUCAAAACGGGUGGAGGUGGCGGCCUCCUCUUCAUCUUCAGGAAAGAAAUCCAUAAACCAGUCCAAGAAAAAUCGCAAAACUGAAGGAUCGCAAACUACACCAAAAGUUGCACCAGAGACUAAGAAGACUAAAUUGGAUACACAGAGUGGGCUCACUGCGAUGCAAGCCAAUAUGAAGCAUAGCUUGGAUGGGGCUCGCUUCAGAUGGAUCAAUGAGACGCUAUAUAAGUCUGACAGUCAGCAUGCACAUGAAAUGAUGCGAGAGAAUCCGAACGUAUUCUCAGAGUAUCACACCGGGUUCAGACAUCAGGUUCAGUCUUGGCCGAGCAACCCUGUUGGACAUUAUAUCUCGGUCCUGUCAAGUUACCCUCCUAAGACGGUUAUUGCGGACCUGGGGUGUGGGGAUGCUACACUUGCACGAGGACUUGUCCCUAAGGGAUUGAAUGUCCUUUCAUUCGAUCUUGUUUCCGACGGGAGUUACGUCGUAGAAGCAGAUAUCUGUUCGAAGAUCCCUUUGCCUGGAAGCGAGCAAGAUAGCGAAGAAGAUGGCGCCCAAAUUGUGGACGUCGUUGUUUGCGCUUUGAGUUUAAUGGGCAUCAAUUGGCCGACCUGCAUUCGAGAAGUAUGGCGUGUACUGAGGAACGGGGGAGAAUUGAAAAUUGCGGAGGUUGCUAGUCGAUUCACAGAUAUCGAUGCUUUCAUUUCUCUCGUCACAUCAGUAGGAUUCAAGCUUCGUUCGAAGGACGACAACAAUACCCAUUUCACGCUUUUUGAGUUUGUCAAGGUGCCGAGGCAGCACAAGUCCGAAAAGGACUGGGAGAAAAUUGAGGGACAAGGGAGUUUGCUAAAGCCUUGUGAAUACAAACGCCGUUGAAGGGAACCUCUGUAUUACUGAGUCAUCUUAGAGCAAUAGGCCGAAUUUCCUAUACUAUAUACAUUAGCUUGAGUCACAUUUGAAUCCAUAAAUCCCUAGUCUCGCUGU